AUGUGCUCUCAUAUGAUUUUUAAACUUCACAAUGUCAGCUCUAGUUCCCCUAACCAUUUGACUAAAGAUUUCAAAGCAGUUAACUCCAGACUGACUAUACUUAUAGUGGAGGCAAAAUUCUUCAAAAUAGCAUUUUUCAAUGCUCAUGAACCAUCUGAGGAGAAAAAUUAUGAAGAAAAGGAGACAUUUUAUUCACUAUUGGAAUCCACUUUAGAGGGAAUCCCUAGACAUUAUAUCUUAAUCUUAUUAGGUGAUUUUAAUGCUAAAAUUGGUAAAGAAGAAUGCUUCAAAACAACUACCGAAUCGAAUAGUUUACAUCAGAUAUCGAAUAACAACGGAUGCAGACUAAUCGAAUUAGCUACAGGAAAAGGUUUAAAAAUAAAAAGCACGUCAUUUCCGCAUAAGGAAAUAUAUAAAGGUACGUGGAGGUCCCCAUAUGGUAGAUACAUUAACCAAAUUGAUCAUGUAUUGGUGAUUGCGAGAUUCAGCAAUAGUGUGCUAGAUGUAAGGACCUUCCAUGGUCAGAAUGUGGAUCUGAUCACUUCCUAG